AAACUGGGUCACGAUUUGUCUGGAUGUGUGUCACUCUGUCAUGAAGAGUUCACGGAACAUUGAAGAAUAAAUCAAAAACAACUGAAAAUUAAUGGAGUUUAAUGCUGAAUAUUAACAUCAUAUAUACAAUACAGACUUGUGUAGAAGGAGAUGGCGAUGGCCUUAUGAAAAAAGUUUCAGAUUUGGUUUCCACAAUAUUAUGAAUACUACCACAAUGGGCAAAGAGGCAAGCUUGGAUGGACUAGAGUUUGAUGGUGAUACUGUACUUUGUCGAGUAUGUGGAGACAAGGCUAGUGGCUUCCACUAUGGGGUACAUGCUUGUGAAGGCUGCAAGGGAUUUUUCCGUCGCAGCAUUCAACAGAAGAUACAAUACAGACCUUGUUUAAAAAAUCAACAAUGUAAUAUUAUGAGAGUAAACAGAAAUAGAUGUCAGUAUUGUAGGUUGAAGAAAUGUAUUGCAGUUGGUAUGUCCAGGGAUGCUGUCCGAUUCGGACGUGUCCCAAAGAAAGAGAAAGCUCGAAUCAUCGAACAAAUGCAUCGUGUUAACUGUCAGACUCAGGUUAACCAGCUUCAUACCUUACUACAGAAUCCAGAUGAUCUCAUUCAAGCUGUUAUUUUGGCACACAGACAGACUAACACAAUACCUCCUCAAAAUGUUCAGUCCAUGAGAGAGGCAGCAUUGUGCAAUAACGAUUUCCUAAACGUCCCUGCUCACAUGGCUUGCCCAUUGAAUGCCCAGCUUGCCCGAGACCCAAACGAUAACAGUCCGGAAUGGGAGGACUUUUAUGAUUUCUACACACCCGCCAUUAUCUCUGUGGUAAACUUUGCCAAAUCUGUUCCUGGCUUCUGUAUUCUUAAUCAGGAUGAUCAAGUCACUUUACUGAAGGCAGCAACAUUUGAAGUUUUACUGGUCAGACAUGCUUGUUUGUUUGAUACAGAGAAUGGAACAAUGAUGUUUACAUGUGGAAAACUCUUCAAACGUCCACCUCCAGAUUCCACCAAUUCUGCUGGCCUGUUGGACUCGAUGUUUGAUUUUGCCGAGAGGUUCAACAUGUUAAAGUUGGCGGAAGAAGAAAUAGCUUUGUUUUCUGCAAUAGUUUUGUUGUCUCCUGAUCGUCCAGGUUUACGAAAUGUAGAACAGAUUGAGAAACUACAGAACAAACUAACAGAAAGUUUACAGACUGUGAUAAACACAAAUCAUAAAGAGGAUACAACUCUGUUUGCUAAACUACUGAUGAAAACUACUGAUUUACGUACUCUAAAUACUCUACACUCAGAAAAGUCAAUAGGACAAACAGAAGGAGAGUCAGGGGAUGGUAAAAUGGAAACAAAUAAAACAAUAUCUGAUUCUAGAUCUGAAGGUUCGUCGCCAUCUGAUCAGUCUGGCGCUACAGGCUACGACUCAGGCUGUGGUUCGUAUGACGGAAGCACAGGCUCUGGAAUAAGAUUCCCUAAUGAUGCCCACCAAGUGGUUCUUAAAACACCUUACGGAACUUUUUAUAAAGAGGAAAAUGCUGGAUAUUAUGGUCUGGUUCCAGACAUGCCACGGAGACGAUGUCACACGUUAGACAGGGAAACAGUGACAAGACCCAGAUUACAUACUAUUGAUGAAGGAAAUCGAAGACGGAAUACUUUAGAUAGAGACUAUAUGAAUAAAAUGGUGAACAAGUUGAGUGAUAAGUUAGAAAAGCGUGCAGCCAUUCGAGGAGACAGUAUGCCACCUUCGAUAUGUAACAGUGCUGCAAGCAGUCCCAUUCCUGAGGAAUUUCAUGCUUAUCUGAAUAGAACCCAUCACGAUUUUAUUCCUAUAUCAAUGGCUGAUUCUACAAGUGCUUGUAGUUCUCGUGCCAGUCCAGCAUUUUCUAGGGACUCAUUACUUCCCUUUGGUUCUUCAUCUCCUGGAUCUCCAAAUUCUAGGUCAAGGUCAGGUUCUAUGGGACAGGACGAAUUUGGCCCUAUGAGGCCCAGAUGCUAUAGUUUUCAUAUGAACAGUGAAGGUCGAGCUUCCCGAGUUCCACGGAAUCUAUCGGCUUCAAUGUAUUCUGACGAAAGAAUCUCCCCUGAUGAUCUCCAGUAUCGAUUAAAUCCAGAAAUGCGUAGAGGCAGUGUUGGUGCAUCAUUUGGGCCUUACGCUAGAAAGAAGUCACCAUUGGCAGAGAGGUCUUCAGACUAUUUACCCAAGUUUUCAGAUAAUUUUAUCUCUCAAGAACAUAAGCUUCAAAGACCUGGUUGUACAGAUUCAUAUGAAAGUCCAUCGUUGCUAAGGAUACCUGUCCCUAUAGCACCUGGUGGAUCUCUAUGGCAACAUCGUUCUCCAUCAGGUCACUUAAAAUCAUCAUUUAAACCCAUACCUCCAAGAGAGGAAUGCCUACAAGGAUCUCAAGACACACAAAAAGAGGAUAUAAAGGAGGCAGAACAGCCGGGCUCUCCAAUGGCUGUCGAUCAAGAUGACGAAUCUGAGGAUAAAGUCAAAAUAUUUCACAAGAAAUUUGAUAAGCUACGAAAACACCAUAUUCACAAUAAUACCCAUGGAGAAUCAAGGCCCACAACUCCUGAUAAUUCAGCCAGUAACGGCACAAAAUCGAAUGAAAGUGCCGCUAUGGAGCCAAAAAAGAAUGAAAAGGCGAAGAAAUCGACGAUUGAGGCUCACCCUCAGUUGUUUGCUCACUUAAAUAGUCCGGUACAAAAGCCGUACAAUCCGUUCAUGAGUCAUCAACAGCUAGUCACAUCAAAUAACUUAGGACGAGAUCAAUUAUUAUUGAAUGUACCUAGAGUUAUGAAAAGUACUGUUCAAAAAUCACCAUUUGUUGAUAAUGGUGUCCCUCAGAAGUCAGAUAGUCAAAUGGAAAGUCGUAAAGAAUUUGCAGGUGACAUGGCCGAUAGAGACUUGCAUCAUUCAACCAAGCUUCACCUAAAAGAUAAAUUAUUACGCAAAUAUGACAGUACGGAAAAUCUAAGCAAAAUUGAUCAAGGUCAAGGACAUGCAUCCAAUGAAAAUGUUGCCAACCACGGCAUUGUUGAAAAUGGACAAAAUUCAGCCAUGCUUGGUGACAACCAAUCAAAUCUCUUUGCCCAGAUGCCUCGAUAUAAUGGACCACACUUGAUGGGUCCAGUUGGACAAAAUGCUCAGGGUAUGGUAUACCCACAAAUGUACCCUGGUGGCGUACCAAUGCAUCCUGCAUUUAUAGGGGCAGCUUAUAACUCUAUUCAGGCCAUGAAUCUCCUACCAGCAUACAAUCAGCACCUGGCAGGAAUGCAGCAACUUGCUCAACUCUGUGUCAAUCCACAUAAUAGAGGUGAAGGUGAAGGUCAACCUUUAAACUUAACUCGUCCUCCAUUAACCAUGCCAUCAAACAUGCCGCAAGUCACCUUGGAGGAAAUUCUUGACAGAAAGAUCAAAGAAGAAAUUAGUUCGUAAUUCUUAUUUGUUCGAUGAAACGAUUCCUGUAAACAUAUUUUAUUGUUCAGAAUUUUCUUCACAUUUUGUCAUUUCAUUUGGUUUUAAUGUAAGAUUAAAACAUAAGGGUAUUUUUUAUAUCAAAUAAUGUUCAACCUGUGAGUGAUCGAUUAUGUGAACUGAGUUAGUGAUGAGAAAUAUUGAAAUUCGAAACUUAUAGAAUAGUGGCUGCUUGUGUGUGAACAAAGAAAGUGAGUAAAUGACAGCAAUAUGGAGAGUUUGGAAAGAUAUGAUAUAGAUUUUACAACUAAUAUUCAACUUUCCAGAAAGAAAUCGCUCUUGGUAUAGAAGUGACCUACAUUGUCUUUUUAAGAAAGACAAAGAAAAGUUUAUUCUGAUAUGUUGAAUGUUUGGGCAUAAUAAAUUCAUAGAUUUUCAGUUCAUAAGACGAUGAUAAAAUCAGUAAACUAGCUUAGAACUAAUUUGUGGUUCUUUGUUGAAUACAAAAGUAACAUAAUUUUGAAGUUUAGAUUAAGAAGUUGUGAAAAAAGAUAUCAACAGCCAACUGUGUUUUGGUUAUGCUAUGUCAUUGGGUUGCUGUCUCAAAGACGUAUCUCCCACAUCUCGUUUGUUCAUAUGAAUCAAGAUCAUAGUGUAAAAGAGAUAUUUUGUUGUACUAAAUAAUGUAAAAAGUCGAAAGAAAGAAGAAAAGAUUAAAACAUUUGAAGAAAAAUUUACUGAUAUUUGAGUCCAAUAUUUUUUAUUUAUUUUAUUUUUGACAUUUCAACAUCAGUUUUGAAGAAUAAGAAAAUAAGCAUUGAAUCAUUUUUACCAUAAAAUCAAGAAAUUCAUAAUUACAAAAUAUUUGUUUUUCUUCUACCUGUUAAUUGUGAUGUAUGUGUUAAGGAAUAUUCUCGGAGGGACGAUGUAUAUAUUUAGUUGUUUUUGUGUGUAUAAGUAGUUUAUUUAAUGGUAUGAAUGCUGAUGAAAAAAUAUAUAGCAGAAACUUCAACUCUGAGCCUUCUAGCUUUACACACACUUUUUUUUUUUUAUUUGUGUAAUAUGCAAAGAGAUUUGAUGUUUUGGGUUCAGUAUUUUUAUGUUUUGCUAUAACUAUAGCAUUGGGAAACAAAACAUGGAGAAAAAACAAGAAAUACUCAUUUUUAAUAGUGAUUUUGAACUGUCAAGUUGUGAGAUAUAAUCUAAUCUGGUUAGCAGAAAAAUAUUUGUUUAAACACUUUCUUAAACAAUUCUGAUUUUUAGAAUAUUUAAGCUAUUGAAUUUAAAAAAUUAUUAAACUAUAGUGUAAAUUCACACUAGAAGAAUCUAUAAUGAUUAUUGAUGAUCAAAUUGUUGCCUUUCAAAAAUAAAAAAAAAUCAGAUCAUUGGAUAAAUUUCAAUUGCUUAAAAGGAUUCUUACCAAUCACAAUGCUUUGGUGUACACCUUAUCAAAUAUUACCCAGAAUGCAUUAAAUUCUGAAUGGGUGAUUAUUUUAAAGUUGAAAUUUCUCUGAAUAAAUGUAAAAUAUAGAACAGCAUGAAUGUCUCAGAAUUGAAAGUUUUGCAAAUUAUUUUUGAUGUUGUGUGUUGUUAGGAAAUAAUAAUAUAUUUUUGUUGUCACGUUCAUUAAAAAGAUACAUUUUAUCAUUAUUUUUAUUUAUGAAAAAGUACAAAUAUAUAUUUAAUAUUUGUGUGAAAGAUAGUCUUUGUGACUGAUAAUUUUUCAGUAGUAAGUUAUUGACAUCGUAAAUGCUGUAUAUUGCCAUAUAAAAAUAAUGGGGCUCAUGAAGGGAAACUGUAAUAAAUUAUUUUCUGGGAUUUGAUCUUAAUGCACAAAUCUCUUCAUUGUAUUUGGAGAUUUAUUUAUGUGGUGACACUCAAUGAAGUAAAAGCAAAUUUGUGUUGUAUAUUUUCAUAAGUAUUUAUUGAACGCUUGGUAAAUUGAACUGGUAUGGGCAUUGAAAGAAAUUUUUCAAAAUUCAAGCUUUAAAAUUUGAAUAUGAAAAAUUAAAAUGCAACAAUAAACAUUUCAUUUUGAUUUACAUUAAAAAAAUAUAUUUUCAAAAGAAGAAGCUUCAUAUUAGGUUGAACCUUUUAUCUAAACAGUGAGCAUAAUAUUUUUAAAUAUAUAAUUUCAUGUACGUUAAUGUCAGACCAAAGCAAUAUAUAUCUCCAGUUAAUUCAAGAAAAUAUUAAGAAAAAUAACAUAAAAUACCGCCUUGAUGUAAUAUUACUAAGCAUUAUUAUUUUCUCCACAGUAUACAUGUUUUUAUUGGUUUUUUUGCCAAAAUUAUUUUUGAGUGUUAUUUAUAUUGGUUCAUAAAUAAAUUUUCAUUUGAAAAAGGGAGAUAAUUUAGAAAAUAAAAGCCAUAUCAAGAUAAAAAAUAUGAUUUAAUGUGACCUAAUUAUAUCAUGGCUAAUUUAUUUUCAAGUAAGAAAAAAACACAUUUCAUUCUCAGAGCAAGUUCUAAUAGAAAAUUUAUAAAGGAUAUAUAGACCUAUUAAUUUCAUCCGUCCAGGAUAGUUAUAAUUGGGAUAGCUCUAAGGGGUAAACUUAAUAUUAAUUUAUUAUGACCUUAGGGAAGUAAUUGUUUUUCUUUUUCUUUUUUUAAAACAAUCCAUAUUUGAAAAAAUGUUCCUAAAUAUUCUGUAGAUAGAAAUAAGAAAUAAUGUCAACCUAGAUAUGUUCCAAAAGACAAAAGUAAAUUUGAGAAUUCUGUUUAAAAUUUAUUCACAAAUUUUGGUGAUGUGGGACUAUUUAGAGCUUGACAUAUUAUACAGACAACUGUCUCAUGUUGAAGACUGUGUUGACCUCUAAAUGUCUUUUGGUUUUUUGUGUAUGGUGGGUUGCUGUCUUAUUGAUGCAUACCCAACAUCCCUCUUCAUUCAUAUUUAUAUGCAAGAACCAUACCGGUGACUGUGUAACUGUAUUUUAUGUUAUUGCAGAGGUGCCUUUAUAAAGUUGUAUUGCAGUUGAAACAGUUAACAGAUUAUUUCUUUAUUUUAAAAAGUUGCAGACAUUAGUCAUUCAUUUACCAUUGAUUACAGUUUGUUUAAUGAUUUGAAUAGCUGUUAUUUGUGACAAUAAAAUAAAUGACUGAAGUGUGCACUUUAAAAAUGCUCAAAAACAGAAUCACAAAUCUUUCUUUUCAUCAAAAUAUUAUGAGUUAUGUUUUUGGACUUUAAUCUGAAAAUGUUCUUAAUGUAAAUAGGGUUUACCAUUUUGAUAACGGUAGGUGAACUUCUAUAGAUUUAGGGUUAAAAAAAAGUAAUUUUGAGAUCAAGCCCAGAAUAAUACAAGUAUAUUUGAUAUAUAUAUAUCUAAAUAUAUAAUAUAUUUAUGACCCUAUUGUUGUUUUUGGUCCCCUACCAUGUAAAAAUUGUUGAUAUUUUAGAUUGUUAUACCAUUGCUGGUCCUCUCAAGGUUUGACUGCAAUAGCAUGAGUCUAUGAUAAAAAUAGAAAAAGACAUGUACAAUUGAAUGUAAUAUAUGUGGUAUUCAAUUCUUGUAUGUAUUUCUUUUAUUUCAAGUUUAUUUAUAUGACUAGAAAAAAAAACACAUGAAAAUUAUAAAUUUUUGUUAAGACUUUUCAAGUUAGUUUAUAGCUUGCUUGCCUUUAGUUUAAAUGAUUGUUUUACAUGCAGUACAUACAAAAGAUUAUGUAGUGAUUUAUGUUACACUAGAAGUGGUUACAUUUAUAUUAAAUACAUUGAUUUAUAAUGAUAUAUUCAUUAACAUCAUCAAAUUUACUAAGAUAAUUCACACUAUUAUUCUAUUUGAUAUUGUUUAUUAAAGAAUUUGUUUUAGAAAUGAUUUAUGUUGAUUUUAAAUACAGUGCACACUUUUUGUAAAGUUAAAUUACAAUGCAUUUUUUCAAAUGUCUAUUGCAUUGAACUUUUGUAUAAAGUAAUUACAUUGUAUAUUGAUACACACAAAUGACAUAAGAGAUUUGUGCUGUAAAAAGAAAAUAUUAAUUGUUUAAUUCUUUUAUUCUUUAAUUCCUUGUAUCUUGUUUUACGGGAUAUAAACAAACGCAGAAUUGAGUCAUUAUAGGUAAUAGAAUAAAAUAGUCAAUUAUUUAUUUUAUAAAAUUAAAAAUGAUUAGUUAUUAAAAUACUUGUCAUUUUUUAAGGUUUAUGUUUUUUAUUCCAUUUAUUCAUUUUGUUAAUGAUAAAAAUGUGACUGUUACAGAAUUUUCAUAACACCAAUUUUCAUUUUAUAAAUGUUGUUUAGUUGUUGUUUAUAAGUAUGUGUUAUACUAUUUACUUAAUGUUUUGUUCUAGAUAUUGACCCUGUCCAUACAGUAAUUUAAUUUAUUCAGACGGAUCUAUUUUUACUUCAUUCAGUUGCUAUAUUAUGAUAAUUAAGAUUUUCAAAAGAAGUGGAAUGUUGAGAGGACGAGAGGUGGGAAACUAUCAAAUGGAAUGUCAAAACUUAUUUUCUGUCCUCAUGUUAAAGUUAAAGAAUAGUGUUGAGAGUUUAUACACCACAACCAUUCUGUUUAUACCUGCUUUACCCACCCUUUGAAAUUUAUCUGUCAACAUAGGACAUUGCAUAUGCUAAAUUCAAAAAAAUAAUACAGUGAAACCUGUCUAAACCAAACCCCUUUGGGACUUAGGAUUUUGUUUGGUUUUGGAAAAUUUUUGGUUUAAUCAGGUUCACAACGCAUAAAGUUUGAUAUGACUGGACUUAAGAACAUGUUUGGUUUAGACAGGUUGCCAUGUAACUAAUUUCAUAUGAAAACACAUGCACAAAUUCAUUUUGAUUGGCUAAAAAUAUUACUAAGUAUUUAGUCAAUAGUAAUCCAUUAUUUUUUAUAUAUUCUACAAACUGUACAGUAUUCAGUAAUUAUUUCAUUCUGCAAUGAAGACACAAUCUGGGAAAUUUAGAAACUGGAGUUGUGUUUUAAAAUGACUAAGAGAAGAAUAAUUAAACAGCAUGAUUUGUUGUUUUAUUUCAAUGAUUAACAAAUGAUUGAAUAUUUUAAAAUAAUAAUACACCUAAAAAUAUAGGAUAAAUUUUCAAAUUUAUUAAAUUAAUUAAAAUUAAAUCCUUAAAUUGCUCCAGUUCUGAUAUACAUCGCAAUGAAAUUAAAGGAUUUAAUUUUACUUAAAUUGGAAUUUAUAAAAUAAAUUGAAUGUUUAAAAAAAGAAGAGUUGUUGAUAAUCGAUUUAUAAAGUUUUCCUUGCUGACAGAUGAGGGUAUAAAGUUCUCAAUUAUCUAUUAUCACUACAAUAUACAACUAAUUUAGAGUAUGGACAGACGUUGAUAUAACAUAUCUUUGCUUCACCAGAAAAAUUUCUUUUAUUACAAUGCUUGUCAUAUAACACAUUGACUUUUUAACUUAUAAUUUCUAUAUUUUAUCUUUAACCUAACCAAAUAAUAAAUUUUGACGGUGGAUUUUUUUCUUUACCAAAUUUUCUCUUUAAUCUAAACAAACAAUAGACUUUUAGGGUAGCUUUUUUACUUCAGAUUCAGUCUGAUGUGUUGAAACACUUGAUAAUUUAUAAAUCAUUUCAUUCAAGAGAGUUUAAUAAAAUCAGCCUACUAAUAUUUUUGUAGGAUAACAAUAACUUAUGUUUUCAUUAAAAAUUAAUUCCUCUUCGUCUAGAUUUUUAAAUAUCCCUCAGUUAAAGGUAAUGGUAGAGUCGGUAGUGGAUUCAGGUGAGGGCGUACCACCUUCUUUUUGAUUGAAAAAAAAUCAUUUUUUGACAUAAAACUUUGUUUAAAUUUCACCUCAGUAUGUUAAGCACUAUUUUUAUCAUAGAUAAAUAGGACCUAACUUUCCUAGAUCCCUGGAUCCACCGCCAGAGUGAUUUUGAUCCAACUAUGAGUUCUUUAUCUCAUUUGAGAAAAAAAGAUCCUCAAGAUGGAGAACAGCAAUUAAAAGUUCUGUUGAUCUAUAAUACUGUAUAUUAUUUCUUUCAUGAAUAUUCAUCCCAAACUUUGUGUCAAUUAAAACACUGUAAUUAAUAUGAUUUAUGUAUAAGGUAUGUUGUUAUUAAAAUCUUUUGUCUAUAUUAAAUUUAAUCGAAAAACUUUAAAUUAUUUUUAUAUUAAAAAUUUCCAAUUUGUUUAAAGCAUGUCCGCUAAAAAUCAGCUAAUAGAUGUGAUUUAACAUGAAAAUAGGGUGAGAAUUAUUUUAGAAUUCAUUCUCUACAUGACAGUAUUAAAAUCUAAUGCUCAAUUUAGUUGAUUAAUCAAUUAAUCUUUUUUUCCCUUGUUAAUUUUGGUAAUUAAAUCCAUCUGUUUUGUAAAUUUCAAUCAACAAAUAAAAAUUUUACCUUAAAAAUCAACAACAGACAUUCAAUGACAUUUUGAUUUAAACCUUAAUAGGUAUUUUUGUAAGUUUACAUGUAAAUUAAAUAUAAUAAUUUGUAAAUCAUGAUAAUCUGGUUCAAAACCCUCUGCAGCCAUUUAUCCUAACAAGUAGUAGUGAGAAUAUUUUCUGGUGAAGCUGAGACACCUCCAAUAAUAUUUAUUGUGUACAGUUUAUUAUGUGGCUGUCACCACAUAUCAUUUUUUGGGGUUUGUGAUUUUUUGACAGAUGCAAUAUGAAAAUUCAGAAACUUGAUGUGAUAUUAUUCUAGUAAACAGUGCUGUGCUUGUA